AUGGUUCCCGUCCCGGGAUCCCCGAGGCCUGGCCGGGACCGCGGGGACCCAGCUUCGCAGGGUCCGGAGGAGCUGGGCUGCCGGCAGCUCUCGCCCUCCGCGUCCUUCUCGCGGUGGCUGGCCGCGAGCCCGGGGGCGGGCAGCUCGCCGCUGAGCCUGGUGGGGUGGGGCGGGAUGGCGGCGUCCGCGUGGCUGGAGGCCGGCCUGGCCCGGGUCCUCUUCUACCCGACGCUGCUCUACACCCUGUUCCGGGGGACGGUGCGCGGCCGGGCGCACCGGGACUGGUACCACCGCAUCGACCCCACGGUGCUGCUGGGCGCGCUGCCGCUGCGGAGCAUGACGCGCCGGCUGGUAGUGGACGAGAAUGUUCGCGGGGUGAUCACCAUGAACGAGGAGUACGAGACUAGAUUCCUGUGCAACACCUCGAAGGAAUGGAAGAAAGCGGGAGUCGAGCAGCUACGGCUCAGCACUGUUGACAUGACUGGAGUCCCAACCUUGGCCAACCUCCACAGAGGAGUUGAGUUUGCUCUCAAGUACCAGUCGUUGGGCCAGUGUGUCUACGUGCACUGUAAGGCUGGGCGAUCCAGAAGUGCCACAAUGGUGGCAGCAUAUCUGAUUCAGGUGCACAGCUGGAGUCCAGAAGAGGCCAUAGAAGCUAUCGCCAAAAUCCGCUCACAUAUCACCAUCAGGCCCAACCAGCUGGAAGUUCUCAAGCAGUUCCACAAGGAGAUUGCUGCAAGGGCAGGACAGAAUAACUAACUGCUGUCACCUCUCAUGGUGACACAGGAAGAAUAUGAAGGCUGUGGAUGACAAAGAAUUUGGCUCUCCCUGAGAUACAAUAAAAAGUUUAAAGGACAAAGGGGCUUACGCAGGACAACAGUGCAGAUGUGCUGAGUAGAUAAUGUGCCGCCUUUGCCUUCCUUCCUGAAAUAACACGUGGAUAGCCACAGGGAGCACAACUGUCUGUCUAAAUCUUAUUUUCUUCAAUAGGGUCAAGGAAAUAUUAAUUUUAACAGAAAUCUAUUUUGUGUCUAAUAUUUUGUGUAAUGACACCAUAACUCAAAGACAUUUAAUGCUAGAAAAGGAAAGAAG